AUGAUUUCUAGCCAGGAUGAGCUACAGAAAAUAACUACUAGCCAGGAUGAGCUACAGAAGAAAUCUACUAGCCAGGAUGAGCUACAGAAGAUAACUACUAGCGAGGAUGAGCUACAGAAGAUGCCCACUAGCCAGUAUGAGCUACAGAAGCCAGGAGUAAUUGAAGCCACUGAUCGUAUUUGGGAAAGAGGCGAGUUAAAGGACAGCAAAAGCACAAUUCGAGUCAAAUACUUCCUGCGGUCGGUGAAUGACUUCAACGAGGUGUCUGGUCAUCUCCAGACCACGGGUGUCCUUGGGAUUGUUUGGAGGGACGAACGUCUAAUGUGGGACUUUGACCACUACCCCGUGCGGUCAAUCACAUUUUCUAUUAACGAUGUAUGGAUUCCAAACGUCAUCAUAGCUAACCCGGUGCAGGAGUUUAUGUUGUUGCAUUCCAAAUCCAACACGGAAAUAAUUCGACUGAAACGCAACGGAGUCAUACAACUUUUCACAGGCGGCGUCCUAGCAACAUCGUGUACUCCAAACGUGCGGUAUUUUCCUUUCGACACCCACCGUUGUGAGAUUGUAUUCACUCUUCUAGAACUAUUUCACUCUUUACACGUUCUGGACCUUACAUAUUUGGAGGAAAAUAAGGCAAUGGAUAUUGUAGAGGAAAACGCAAAAUGGACGAUUACCCAAGAACGACCGUAUGUAUCAAGUUUUGGCGAUACGUCUUUUGUCUAUGUUGCCUUUCCGUUAACACUUGAACGAAAACCGAUGUUUUUUCUCAUUACCAUCAUCGCUCCUGUCGUCGUUCUCAGCAUUCUGAAUGUCUGUGUGUUCUUCAUUCCUGCACAAGCCGGCGAGCGUAUAUCGUUUGCUGUUAGUGCAUUACUGUCGUUCGCAAUAUACAUGACGAUUCUUUCAUCUGAAAUUCCGGAUAAUUCAGACCCUGUUCCUAUUCUUAGUUAUCUACUUAUGCUUAAAUUUGGCAUCAGCGCCACGAUAGCUAUAUUGACAGUGUUUGUUGUGCAAAUAUUUCAUCGUGAUAACGAUAAACCGAUUCCUAAAAAGUACCGUAAACUGGUCAGGAUUAUGCGCGGUUGUCGAAAAAAUAAAGCUAGAAAAAACAAAUGGCCUACAAACCACGUAAGUGCCACCCCGCUUGUGGGUAGAAGCGGGAUUUCAUCCGAUGCCAUGUUAACACAAGAAACGGCUUUUGCCACAAAAGACUUGUCUCCGUCCGGUGACGUCACCAUGCGUGACCAUUUUUCGACUCAAGGUCUCCAGUCAAAUGGCGACUUCCGGGAUAAUGACAAUUCAUGGGAAGUUACUGAGGAUGACAUUACGUGGCAGCAUGUUUCAAAAGCUAUAGACAGAAUGGUGUUUUGGAUUGUGUUCUCAUUCAUUAUUGUUGAAAUCAUUGUAUGGAUAGCGGUUACAGGUAUCAAAUAUUAUAUAGACCAUUUUCAGUGA